AUGUCACAGUGUUAUAAACUCGAGGUCCUCCGCGCGUUUCAGUUCGUCGAGAAUCAGUGUCAGCCUUCUGGUCGGAUAUCCGGUGCUCCUGCGGGAUGUCGCGUCACGAUUUACCUGACUGUCGCGGGAAAUCAAACGGAGAGGGAUACUUGGGGCAACAGUCUGGAAUUCUUGAUGUCCUGCAUAGCCAUGUCCAUAGGCCUUGGCAAUGUUUGGCGAUUUCCAUUCACGGCCUACGAGAAUGGCGGCGGCGUAUUUCUAAUACCUUACAUCAUCGUCCUGUUUCUUGUUGGCAAACCGUUUUAUUACUUGGAGAUGAUCAUGGGCCAAUUCUGCAGUAGAUCAUCGGUGAAAAUGUGGUCAGCAGUGCCUGGAUUCCGAGGAGUUGGUUGGGCACAAAUGUUCUCCAUGCUCUCGGUAGGGACAUACUACUGUUUCCUGAUGUCGAUAACACUUUACUACCUGAUUGCAAGUUUUCAAUCGCCGCUCCCUUGGUCCACAUGUUUGCAAGAAUGGGGAAAUUCUUGCGUCGAUUCAGGAGGCUCUUACAACAUUAGCAAACAAAACAGCACCAACAUGAGUAUAAGCUCGGCUGAGCUUUACUUCAGAAAAAUCGUGCUGAGAGAAAAGCAGAGUAUCGAUGACGGUAUUGGACUGCCCCACUGGAGUCUGACGAUUUGCCUGUUUGUCGCAUGGGCCUGUAUAUUCGCUGUCUUGGCACGUGGCGUAAAGAGUUCAGGGAAAGCGGCCUAUUUCCUCGCCAUCUUUCCUUACAUCAUCAUGAUAAGCUUGCUGGUCAGAGCGGUUACUCUGGAAGGUGCCGUGAACGGGAUUAUUUUCUUCAUAAAACCAAACUGGGAGAAGCUAUUCGAUGCACACGUCUGGUACGCGGCUGUUACACAGUGUUUCUUUUCACUGUCGGUCUGCUUCGGUGGUGUUGUCAUGUACUCGUCGUACAAUGACUUCAGACAUAAUAUAUACAGAGAUGUCAUAGUUGUGACCACGCUGGACACGUUCACCAGUUUAAUGGCUGGUUUCACCAUUUUUGGUAUCCUUGGGAAUUUAGCUCACGAACUGGGCACCGAGGAUGUCAACAACGUCGUCCGCGGUGGAACCGGUCUUGCUUUCGUCUCAUAUCCAGAUGCCAUUGCGAAAUUUACUGUUCUACCUCAGUUCUUCUCGGUGCUGUUCUUCUUAAUGCUCUACGUCCUCGGGAUCGGAAGUGCUAUCGCGUUGGCCGGUGCUCUCAUCACCAUUAUCAGCGACCAGUUCCCAAAUUUGAGGCACAUAUACAUUGUGAUCGGCACAGUUACCUUUGGAUUUCUUGCUGGAAUUGUUUACUGUACGCCAGGUGGUCAGUUCAUGCUGGAAUUAGUCGAUUACUAUGCUGGAUCGUUCGUAGUGUUCAUCUUGGCUACUCUAGAGAUAACCGGGAUCUUCUGGGUGUACGGUUUGGAGAACUUCUUGGACGACGUGGAGUACAUGUUGAAGAAGAGGCCAUCGGCUUACUGGAGGAUUUGCUGGGCAAUCGUUGUCCCACUUUUACUGGCUGUGAUCCUAAUUUAUACCAUAAUCACCCUGAGGCCCCUGACUUACAGUAACAUCUCGUAUCCUGACAGUGCACACGAUGAUCAAAUCCGCCUUCGUACCUUCGCCGGACUGGGGGCCGAAGAAUCCCAAAGAACUGGCUUCAUGGCGCGAGUUCAAAGAGACCAGGAGGAAACUACGAGAGAAACGCGACUGCUCGAGAAUCAAACAAUUCGUGUACGUGAUGCUCUGCUGGGAAGAUAAGCUCAUCUGAACGAAGGAAAUUCAAAAAAAGCACUGAUACAAUUCUCAUCGAUACCAUUCUUUAGAAAUUCGAUACAAAUCAUGGAAAACUUGCUUUUACCUCCCGCAGUGUCGACGAGUCGUUAAACCCUUUCACUUUUCACAUGCGAGAACAAAAUUCAGUAUCUUCUGAAACUUUUCAAUGCAUUGCAGUGAAUUUCGUUUCCUCUCCAUGGUGUUAGUACUGAAUUGCUUGAUAAGCAAUCCGAGUUGUUCGCGCCUCCCCACCCCCCUCCAUGAAUUUCAUCGAGGCAAAUUUUCAUUCUUUCUGAGAAACGUCGUGAAAAUUUGAAUUUAAAAAUUAAUCGUACAAUACAGUACCGUGAGGAUUACACUUAGACGUAGUAAAGGUUUCAUCGAAAAAUGCAAAGCGUGGAAUUUUUCUCACAUUUUUCAAAAGCUUUUAGAAUAGCAAAAAGAUUCAUAUCUGUGCCUGCCCGCGAGAGAGUUAAUAAGACAGCGUGACUGGUCGUCUUAGUGCGAAUCCUUUUUCGUAAAACGUGAAGCUGAAAGGGUUAAAAUGACGAUAAUUUAUAAUAUUUAAUGAAUUAAAUACGCACAAAGAUAGAACACCGUUUUUGGUGCUAUGAACACAGUAUUAAACAUAUACGCGUAUGCUGUAACUGCAUUUAGAAACUCUAGUUUAUAAGCGAACGUAAUUUAUUAACGUUCCAACAGAUUGAGUUGGAGCGAACUUUAUCUGAAAAGUGAAAAAUUUAUAUUAUACGCAGUAGAACAUUCUUAAUAAACGAUUGUUGAAUUUAGUAUUAGAAUUGUUGAGAAUUACGCAGUAUGAAAUUAAAGAUUCUAAAUGUGUAUAUAAAAGCAUAUAAUAUUAUAUAUAUAAUAUAU